AUGAUAGGGUACUGGAACCGAGCGGAAGAAGACGCGUCCGGGUCCGAGUUACCUAAGCCUCCCGAGGUGGCCGGGGGUGCAGAGUACAUACAUAAAUACCCUGAUGCGAAGCACACCUCAUUCCGAAUGCAAGCGCUUCGCGCCAGCCCAUGGGCUGUACCAGGGGCCCAGGGCCCUCCGAAGCGAUGGACUUGUGAUAAGUCAGCUUCAGACGAGGACGUCGUCGUUGCUCUGCAGAUGCCCACGCAGCCAGAGGCGCUUGGGAGGAGGACUGAGGAGGAGUGUUCAGCUAAGCUAGCGCAAGGUGUUCCUUUCGGACCUAUCAUUCCUUCUGCUGAGGCCCCUGAACGCGACCGCGAUGCAGACUUGUGUUUGAAAGCUGCACACGCCGACCAGACUUCGGCCUUGAAUGCACCCCCCCAGCAAGCAAUGCUUCGCUGCCCGUUUUCCUCUUCCCUCUUCCCCAAGACUCACCAAACCAGAUCAAUCAACAAUAUGCCUUCAACCGCCUUCGCAAGCUUGGUUAUAUUAACCCUUUCUCCUUGUGCAUUCGCCCAUGUCAUCGAUCCCCUAGUGGUUCCCACCACGCUUCUUCACCACGAGCGUCGAGCGAUCGAUCAGAGCACCUUGCUCGAAAACGGCAAAGCGGCCCAAAAGCUCAAUGCCAAAUUCUCUAGCAUGGGUCCUGACACGACCUGUCAGACCGGCGAUAUGGCGUGCAUCGCCGGCGGUUUCAUGCAGUGCGUGGCCGGAAAAUAUGUCGGCGGCCCUUGUGCCGGUGGUUUGAACUGUUUUGCAUUACCUCUCUUGCUGAAGAAAGGAACAACCAUAAGUUGUGACACUGAAGCCGAUGCUACGACCCGGAUCAGCAACACUGGUGCCACGGGUGGAUUGAAAGGCACUGGAGGCUCCGACCCCGCGCCUGCCGCCGCCGAUAACUCCACUCAAGCAAGCCCAACACCAGCAACUAAGGAUGUGAACGGGACCCAGUCCGGCUCAAUGGACGCCGACCAAGACGCAUCUGAUGCCAAGAGCUCCGGCGAUGCCCCCUCUGACUCGCGCAUGAACGCGACCGCGGUAGAUGCCUCCUCGGGCUCUUCCAACUCAACCGAUAUGCCUGCCUCCUCUGGCUCUGAGUCGUCCACUGAGAAGAAUGACGACUCCGAUCUGCCAAAAGCGGACGACAAGCCUGCUGACAAAAAGUCAAGCUCCGAGUCGUCCACUUCGAAGAAGGACGACUUCGACGCUUCCACAGCGGACGACAAGCCCGCCGACAAAAAGUCUAGCUCCGAGUCCUCAACUGAAAAGAAGGACGACGCGGAUGUUUCCAGAGCAGACGACAAGUCCGCCGACAAAAAGUCAAGCUCCGACUCGUCAACUGACAAGAAGGACGACUCUGAUGAUUCUAAGGCCGACGAGAAGCCUGCCGACAAAAAGUCAAGCUCCGAGUCGUCAACUGACAAGAAGGAUGACUCUGAUGUUUCCAAAGAGGACGACAAGCCCGCCGACAAAAAGUCAACCUCCGAGUCGUCAACUGACAAGAAGGACGACUCUGAUGUUUCUAAGGCCCACGACAAGCCCGCCGACAAAAAGUCAAGCUCCGAGUCGUCAACUGACAAGAAGGACGAGUCUGAUGUUUCCAAAGAGGACGACAAGCCCGCCGACAACAAGUCAAGCUCCGACUCGUCAACUGACAAGAAGGACGACUCCGAUGUUUCUAAGGCCGACGAGAAGCCUGCUGGCAAAAAGUCAAGCCCCGAGUCCUCCAUUGAGAAGAAGGACGACGCCGAUGCGUCAAGCGGAGCGGAUAAGCACGCCGACAAAGACUCUUCCUCCCCUGCUCCCUCAGAUUCAUCUUCCAACAAAACCGACGAACCUAGCCCCUAA